CUUUGUGAGCUAGCUCUCUCCCUCUCUCUCUCACUCACUCAAAAGUCACACUCCAGUCACUCAGAUCCAUCAAACUAGCCUACCUCACCACUCAACCAUCCAAAAUCGUCUCCGAUUUCCAAAACGUUUUUGGCACAGCGAAGAAUGGCCGGAGAAGAGAGGUGGUGCGUGGUCACCGGAGGGCGGGGCUUCGCGGCGCGGCAUUUGGUGGCGAUGCUGAUUAGCUCCUCGAAUUUCUCCAUCCGAGUCGCCGACUUGGGCCCCACCAUCGAUCUCGGGCGGGCCGAGGAGACCGGCAUUCUCGGCGACGCCCUACGCACCGGACGCGCUGACUACGUCUCCACCGAUCUCCGCAACAAGGCCCAAGUUCUCAAAGCAUGCGAAGGGGCUGAGGUCGUGUUUCACAUGGCGGCACCGAAUUCGUCGAUCAACAAUUACCAGUUGCAUCAUUCGGUCAACGUUGAUGGAACGAAGAAUGUUAUUGAUGCUUGCAUUGAGCAAAAAGUGAAAAUUUUGAUAUACACUAGCUCUCCUAGCGUGGUCUUUGAUGGGGUUCACGGAAUCCUCAAUGGGGAUGAAUCUUUGCCAUAUCCACCUAAGCACAAUGAUCAUUAUUCAGUUACAAAAGCUGAAGGAGAGGCAUUGGUAAUCAAGGCAAAUGGUAUUAAUGGGCUUCGAACAUGCUGCAUACGUCCCAGCAGCAUCUUUGGUCCGGGUGAUAAGUUGCUGGUUCCAUCUUUAGUUGCUGCUGCAAGGGCCGGGAAAUCCAAAUUCAUUAUUGGUGAUGGCAAUAAUGUAUAUGAUUUCACUUAUGUGGAAAACGUGGCACAUGCCCACAUAUGUGCUGAACGUGCUCUAUCGUCAGGGGGGUCAGUUGCAGAAAAAGCUUCAGGGCAGGCAUAUUUUAUUACAAAUAUGGAACCUAUCAAGUUUUGGGAGUUCAUGUCACUAAUUCUGGAAGGUCUAGGCUAUGAGAGGCCAAAAAUAAAAAUUCCAGCCUUUGUUAUGAUGCCAAUUGCGCAUAUAGUUGAGUGGACAUAUAAGCUGCUUGGCCCGUAUGGGAUGAAGGUCCCGCAGUUGACACCUUCGAGAAUUAGACUCCUCUCCUGCAGCAGAUCUUUUAAUUGUUCCAAAGCAAAGGACCGUCUUGGCUACUCUCCUAUCGUAACUCUUGAGGAAGGUCUUAAGAGGACGGUUGACUCCUAUCCACACUUGAGAGCUGAACAUCAACCCAAAAGAGAAGGGCUAUCAAAAGCUUCCAUCUAUCUUGGAAGUGGUAGAGUUGCUGACACGUUACUCUGGAAGGAUCGAAAACAGACUGUCAUCACCUUGAUUCUUCUGAUUGCCAUCUACUUCAACCUUAUUGCAUCUGGAUUUACCAUCAUCACUGCACUUUCAAAGCUUCUUUUGGUGAUAUCGGUAUUCCUGUUUAUCCAUGGCAACUUACCUGGAAAAUUAUUAGGAUACAGUAUUGAGAAACUCUCCCCGUCUCAUUUUGAGUUGUCAGAAGAGGCGUCACAAAGAGUUGCUAUGUCAGCAGUCUCAUCAUGGAAUAAUGUUGUUAAUGUGUUAAAAUCACUUGCCAAGGGGAAUGACGGAAGUCUUUUUGUCAAGGUUGUUAUCUUCCUGCUGGUUCUUAGCUUCCUUGGAGCCUUUUCACUGCAGAGCGUCUUUGUUACAGGAGUUCCUGUUGCCUUCUUAGCUUUCUUCAUAUAUGAGAAGAAAGAACAAGAAAUUGAUGCAAUGGUUCUAGAUAUUCUCUCUUGGGGAAACAAAGUGAAAUCUGAUAUUGUCAGAAAGCUUCACAGGUCCAAGAAAACUGAUUGAGAACUGAUGGCCCCAAUAAUUUAUUAACAAAACUGGUGCGUCCAUCUAUACUUUUUUUUGGUGUGGAGCCCUGUUUGCUUAAAUAACCUGAUAGUCUGGCCUGUCGGUGUUGGUUGCGUUAUUCCCAUUUUUGUCAUUCUUAUAAUGCUAAUGGACAAAAUAUCUCGAUAACUAUUGUGCAAUUAUACCAACCUUCUUACCGCAAAGUAGGUUCGGUUUUGUUUAAUUUUAGUGCUUUUCUUCAACUAAAUCCUUCUUUCUUGUGGCGUAUGAUUGUAUAUUUGGAACUCCU